UGGGAGGUGCCUAGUUUCCUAGUAGCUAUUGUUAUCGUGGUUGGAAUGACAGAUGGUGUGGGAUUAGACUGUGGAAGGUUCAAACAAGGAACGGUGCAGGUCUCAAGAUCUGGUUAAACAAAGAAAAACAGACAAUGAUGAAUCCACUUCCACUGUGUGUCUUCAUGUUGGCAAUGAGUGGGUGUACUACUGCCCAGGAGACUGCAGAUAUUGUCUUCCUGCUGGAUGGAUCUGGGAGUGUUGGAGCAGCUCAGUUCACCACCAUGAAAACAUUUGUGAAGAAUGUGACCGGUGCUCUCCUUCAGUUUGACACCUUAUUUGCAUUUGUACAGUACGCCAGCUCAACGACCAUUCAUGUGGACUUUAGUCAGUUCAAUAGAACAGGAUUUGAAAAUCAGGUGGACAGCAUCAGCCAAACUGGAGGAGGCACAAACACUGCAAGCGGUAUCAGAACAGUUGUGGAAAAUGUGUUUAUUCCUUCUGCUGGAGCAAGACCUGAGGCCAACAGGAUCCUGAUUGUCAUCACAGAUGGCCAGUCAUCGGAUGCCUCACUCUAUCCCAACGUCACAGCAGAGGCUGAUGGGAAAAACAUCACUAGAUACGCUAUUGGGAUUGGAAAUGCCUUUAACAUUGCGUCAGCGCUAGCAGAGCUCAACAGCAUCGCAUCUCCUCCAGCAUCAGACCAUGUGUUUAGAGUGGACAGCUUUCAGGCACUGGACCUAAUCGCCACCGAACUGGAAGAGAGCAUCAUUCCCACAGCAGAUGUUGUUGUUGGUAUGCGUCUGAAGGUCUCCUCAACUGUAAAUCUAAAUGAAACUGAGAUUGAGGAGCAGAUUCUGAAGCCGUUUGGAGACAAACUCAGAGGCCGAGGGAUAACUGUUGCUGGGAUCAAGUUAAGAGGAGUUUAUAAGAUUGAAGAUUGAGAGGAGAGAGGAAGAACAUGAAGCAGGACAGCAGACACGCUCCCACUGUGUGUUCCCUGCAUGUGUAUCUCUUUUGAAUCUCAGGAUUACCAUAACCACAAGCUUUACAGCUGUGUUAGGGAGUUAUAUUCCUGUAAGCAGGGGGGAAGUGGUAAAAUAAAAUAAGAGGUUGGUAAACUAUGAAUUCUGUGAUCAAAUCAGAUUUUUCAGAAUAUGUUUGAUGAUGUUGGAGGUUGAUGAUGAGUGUGCAUAUUGUGAAUGUGGAUAAUAAAAUGUGAUGUUAAAAGUU